AUGAAAGUAAAGGCUGAUCGUGAUGAAUCCAGUCCGUAUGCAGCUAUGCUUGCAGCUCAGGAUGUCGCAGAAAAGUGCAAGAGUUUGGGUAUUAAUGCACUACACAUACGCAUCCGUGCUACUGGUGGAACUAAAGUUCGCACUCCAAGUCCAGCUGCUCAGUCGGCUUUAAGAGCCCUCGCCCGUUCUGGGAUGCGCAUAGGUCGUAUCGAAGAUGUCACUCCUAUUCCAACAGACAGCACACGACGCAAGGGAGGAAGAAGAGGUCGACGUUUGUAA